UCGGUGAUGGCUGAUAAUUCAUCAAGCAAUGGAAACAACGAAGUGGUUUUAAAUUUAAACGGUGAUGCCUCCAAAAAGUGUGACGGCAUCGAGGAAGACUGUGUGCCAUUUUUGCAGAAGGUGGUGACAGAGGUGGUGGGGACGUACUUCUUGAUAUUUGCAGGAUGUGGUUCGGUGGUUGUGAACCUUAACAACGACAAGGUGGUGACUCUUCCCGGGAUUUCUAUUGUUUGGGGACUCGCUGUUAUGGUAUUGGUUUAUUCAGUUGGACACAUCUCUGGUGCUCAUUUCAACCCAGCUGUCACACUUGCUCAUGCUUCCACCAAAAGAUUUCCCUGGAAGCAGGUGCCAGCAUAUAUAGUAGCUCAGGUGGUUGGAUCCACACUUGCAAGUGGAACACUAAGACUUAUAUUCAUGGGAAAGGAUGACCAUUUUGCUGGAACACUUCCCGCUGGAUCUAACCUGCAAGCUUUUGUGGUCGAAUUCAUUAUCACUUUCUACCUAAUGUUCAUCAUUUCUGGAGUUGCCACCGAUAACAGAGCGAUUGGUGAGUUGGCUGGGCUUGCAGUUGGGUCAACGGUACUGCUAAAUGUGAUGUUUGCAGGGCCAAUCACUGGAGCAUCAAUGAAUCCAGCAAGAAGCUUGGGGCCUGCUAUUGUGCACAGUGAAUACAGAGGAAUAUGGAUAUACUUGGUCUCACCCAUUCUGGGUGCUGUGGCCGGUACUUGGGCCUAUAACUUCAUCAGAUACACAAACAAGCCAGUGCGUGAGCUCACCAAGAGUGCCUCUUUCCUCAAAGGAAAAGGAAGUGGUGGAGCUGAGUGA